CGCAAAUUCGCUAUAACAUCAGAACAGACGCCAUUACUGAACAACGAUGUGGCGUCGCUGUACCGCCUGUCCCUUGCUGUUAGCCCUGGUCCUGAGCACGGCUCGCAGCAUACAGACAGAAGAUUCUAGAGAUGCAGAUGACUUAGGCAACAGUGAUGAACACAUCGGCGCAGCGGUGACACAGGUUAGCAGACAUCCAUACGCCGCAUCGCUGCUCUACAGCGGAACCUACGUCUGUAGCGCCAUAGUGCUUAAUAACAAUUGGCUGCUAACACCUACAAAAUGCUUUGACACGAAAACCAUCCUGUCGUACGUUAGUCACAAAAAUCUUGGCAACUACAGCGUGAGAGCAGGGAGCUCCUACAACAACAAAGGCGGUUCCAUUCACGAGAUAAACAUGCUGAUAAACAACUUCGACUUCAAAAUGUCGGUGAUCAAGCUAAGCGAGCCGCUGCAGCUGGGCGCCCGGGUCGCGCCCGUCCUCCUGCCGCCUGAGGACUACGAGGUCACGCUCGGAGACCUGGCCAGCGUCAUCGCCUGGACACCCUCGGGGCACAUCAGGAUAGUUAACGUCCCUGUGAUGAACCCUUCUAUCUGCGACACCACGCUGCUACCAGGGCACUACGUCUGCGUAGGAGGUGUACAGGAUCCCGACCGACACUUCUGCAGAAAAGACAAUGGUGGUGCAGUCGUGCAAAACAACACAUUGAUAGCAGUAGCGUCGUUUCUACGCUCCUGUGCUUCCUACACCAAAACCCACGCCUUCCCUCGAGUAGCCAGCUUCACCAGAUGGGUGAAAACCGCCAUCUGGGAUGGAGAUACAACAACGGAACUUAAAAACUCCUUCACAACAUCAAAAACCGAACUCAACAAUACAGAUUCUGAAAUAUACUAUGCAGAACCUGAAUCUAAUUCUGUGAACGCUAACAUGAUGAUGCUUAGUCUACCAUUCGACCCAGUGGAUGUGCCUUUGGAGCCUGGUGAAAAUAAUUCCAUACUACCCAAGAUGAGCAUAUAUGAGUCCUAUUUACGGAAUAAAGCCAGGACCAGGACCAGCCCAUCACCAGAGCCGGAUAACGAGGAGGAGAUCACAAAUAAAAAGAAAUGGUUGGAAAAGUACGGAAGGCAAUUAUUGAUGAUACCAGGGAAGUAUGGCCAGUAUGAAAAUAAAAAGUAAUUCCACCUAA